AUGCCGCCUCCGGAGCCCAUGCCCGGCUACGGGACCUUGCUCCGCCGGGGCUACGGGAGCCUGGCCGAGGCCGCCCGGGGCUGCGGGGACUGCGGCUGGGAGCUGGCGAGGCGGACCUGGGCCGAGAACGCUCACCUGGGCUGGGCGGAGGUGCUGCUGUGCGGGCUCUGCGCGCUGGGCUGGACCGCGCUGCGCUGCGCCUGCUCCCGCAGCAUCUUUCGGCCCUUCGGGGAAUGGUGCAACCUGCAGCCAAAAGAUGCUGCCAAGAUGCCUGAGAGUGCCUGGAAGCUGCUUUUCUACACCUUGUCCUGGUCCUACGGCACCUACCUGCUCUUCUUCACCGACUACCCCUUCUUCCACGACCCCCCCUCCGUCUUUUACGGCUGGAAGCAGGGCAUGGAGGUGCCCACAGACAUUGCUGUGGCGUACCUGCUGCAGGGCAGCUUCUACGGCCACUCCAUCUACGCCACAGCCUACAUGGACACGUGGCGCAAGGACUCCGUGGUGAUGCUGCUGCACCACGUGGUGACCCUCACCCUCAUCGCCUCCUCCUACGCCUUCAGGUACCACAACGUGGGGAUCCUGGUGCUGUUCCUGCACGACAUCAGUGACGUGCAGCUCGAGUUCACCAAGCUCAACGUGUACUUCAAGCACCGGGGGGGGGUCUAUCACCGCCUCAACGAUGUCAUCUCCAACGUGGGCUGCCUCACCUUCAGCGUCAGCUGGUUCUGGUUCCGUCUCUACUGGUUCCCCCUCAAGGUCCUCUAUGCCACCUGCUACUCCAGCCUCCAGUCAGUCCCAAACAUCCCCUUCUACUUCUUCUUCAACGCUCUGCUCCUCAUCCUCACCCUGAUGAACAUCUACUGGUUCCUGUACAUCGUCCUGUUCGUGGCCAAGGUGCUGAUGGGGCAGAUGCAGGAGGUGAACGACGUGCGCGAGUACGACGUGGAGGACACCGGGAAAAGCGCCAGGGCCCGGAAGAGGGAGGCUGGAAUCCAACUGCCCAAGGCUCUGAAGGAAGGGCUGCACCUCAGGAACGGGCUCGUGAAGGACAAGAGGUUGUGAGGGCGGCGUGGCCGUGGCAGCUGCCAGGACCUGGGACCGACCAGGACCCUGCACUGGGAGCCAGCGAAGGAAAGGCACGAGGAGAACUUCAUCCCUGACCCCCUUCCCUCCCCUGCCCGGAGCCGGGGAACAGAUGCCACUGACAGGAUCGGGCCCCUCCCGGGGCUGUGACCAGGCUUCACCUGGUGCUGGGGGGGCUUCCCGUGGCCCCCCUUCAGUUGGGAGACUGGUGGCUUUUACUGGCCCAGGUAGGAUUUGGAGCUGGCUUUGGGUCCCCUGGUGUUCCUCCCGUCCUCAAUCCCGCCGUGAUUCCCCGGACUCUGCUGUUGGACCCUCCCACCGACCCUCCCUGAAGGGUCCAGCGUCAAACCGGGGAGGGAAAAACCUCCUCUCCUGCCCCGGGAAGGGGAGCCCGAAGCCAGCCCUGCUCCAGCCGCCGAGCGAGGUGAUGAAGGGCACCUCGAGGUGAUGAAGGGCACCUCGGAGCUCUCCUCCUCGGGAGGGGUCGCUGGCACGGAGCUGCCCACCCCGUGUCUGGGGCACACACGCGCUUCCCGCGAGCGGCUCUGCCUGGAAAACCAACCCUGGAGCGUUAUUCCAGCCUCCUGUCCCAGCGUUAUUCCAGCCUCCUGUCCCGCCAGGUGAGAGCCAGGAGAGACUUAAUUUGCUUAAGAAGCCUGUGUAGGUCUCACAGUCGCUUCAAACACCAGUCCCAGCCCCUGCUGGGGGUCCCUGGACCCUCCCCCGGUGCUGCCCACUCGCUCCAGGGAAGAACAAAGAGUUCCUGCUCCCUGGGUUGGUUUUCCAGGCAGCUCCAGCCCCGGAGGGUCCCCAGGCUGGGCUGGGGGUCCCUGUCCUGGGAAGCCCUGUGGGUUUUAGUCCCUCAGACCGAGCUGUCCCGUUGCUGCCCACCCCCAGCUCCCUGCUGGGGACGGGGCAGCGGAUCCAGGGCAUUAAUUCCAUGUUUCAUUGCCGGGUUGGUUUUCCCGUGGUUGGUCUGUCGUGUGGACUCAGCUCUGGGCUCGUGGUGUGAGCCAGGGGGGGAAAGUUCCUGGCUGGGGCUGGUGGGAACUGUCCCAGGCUGUGGCAGGACCUGUCACCUCCUCUGAGCAGUGUCCAAGGGGUGUCUCAGUGCCGGGGAUCCUCGGCUUCCAGCGGGAUUUGUGGGAAAUGAGGGGAGCUGCUCUCCCAGGACAGGCCGGAGCAGAGCUGGGGCAGGGUGGGGUUGGGGGAAUGAGGGUCCCUGGUCAUCACAGGGGGGAUAAACACCAUUUUACAGCGUUGGCUUUGAGCUGGUGGCCAGUUUUGGGGGGGGUGUGAGGUGGCUGCUCUGCAGUGAGGGUCAGGAAGGGACUGGGGGUGUGACAGGGGGGACACGGGGACCCCUCUGCCCAGCUGGGGCAGGGACCCCCCCGGGCUGUGUGUCCUGAGGGCAGGGCACUGUGUGAGGCAAGACUUUGAUGGUUUGAUGUGCUGGGAGUCGAUGGCCUUGAGAGAGAAGCUUUGUCUGGUGCUGUGGUUGCGUCAAAAAGAGCUGAUUUGGGGGGAGGGAGGAAGGGGAGACCUGGCUCUGUGUCCGCCCCUGGAUCCAGGGGGGGAUGUCUGCGGCACGUGGGGCUUCCCAGGAGCUUUGUGUGGGAAGAGCAGCCACCAGGGAUGGUUUUGGGGUGGGAAGAGCAGCCCCUUCCCUGCCACCAGGGAUGGUUUGGGGUGGGAAGAGCAGCCCCUUCCCUGCCACCACUGAUGUUCUGGUGUGGGAAGAGCAGCCCCUUCCCUACCACCACUGAUGGUUUGGUGUGGGAAGAGCAGCCCCUUCCCUGCCACCACUGAUGCUGUUGUUGCCCUCGAGGGCGUGGAGAUGUGGGAGAGGCUGUGGGAGCAGCACCAAGGGGUUAACAGGUCCCCAGGGGGGAGCCUGGAGGGACUCACACCCUCUGCCCAAUCCCGGGAAUCCCUCUGUGCUAAUUGAGCACUAAGCAGAUCAAAGGCUCCAAUCAGGGAAUCAACACCCCCCUGGCCUCAGCUCCGGGUCCCCAGCCCGGGCUGCCCUUUGUCUGGAGAAGGAGAGCAGGGCAGGGGCAAUGUGGCUUCUCCCCAGCCUGGCCUGGGCUCUCCUGAGCCCCGUCCUGGGGUCGGAGCUGAACGUGCAGGAGAGUUUGUUGUUGAAAUCCUUGGGCCUGAGCACCAAGCCCAGCCCGAAAACCCCCGUCCCGGUGCCCCCCGUGCUCUGGAGGAUCUUCCAGAAGAGAAAGACGCCUCCCCCGAGGGACAAAGACCCCGUGGAUGCCUGUAGGGUGGAGGAAUUUAAUGUCCCCGGGAACAUCAUCCGUGUCCUCGCUGACCAAGGUACAGACACGUUUUUGGGGCUUUUGGGCUUUUGGAGACCCCUCAUUCUCUGGGAUGGGAGGCUUUGCCUCAUUCCUUCCUUUCCCUGAGGCUGAGGGAGGACAGGGCAGUGCCCAGAGCUGGUUUCCAGGAGAAAUCCCUGCUGUGUGAACUCGGGUCCCUGGGGAUGUUGCAGAUGGAUUAUUCUCAGUUUAGGGGUGAGGGUGUGGGGCUGUCCUGGAGCCCCCUAAAGCCACCCAGAGGUGCUGGUUGGAUCCCAGGUGACUGGAUUGGCCUGUUGGGCUCACGGUGGUGGAGGUGACUCCUCACCUGGGCAGGGGGAUGUGGCUCCGUGGCCGGGUCUGGGGGUGCAGGGUCAGGCAGGGAUGGGAUGCUCAGCAUUUUGGCUGUGUCCCCCCUUCUCCUCAUUGAUCCCACACCUCUGGCUGACCCCACAGCACCUCUGGCUGACCCCACAGCACCUCUGGCUGCUCAGCCCCUCAGAGCCCUUCUCAGUUCACUGGGAACUGUUCAGUCCCUUUGAGGUCUGGAGGCACCACAGAGCUCCUUUCUCUUGUGGUUCUGGUUUUCCCAUGGAAACCAAGGGCUGGAUAAACCAGGCAGCUCCCUGGAUUUGCUGCUGUUUUGCCCUCCUUUCCCCUCCAUCCCAACCCACUCCCUGUCCUGGGGGAGGUGGUUGUAGCUGGGGAAAAAUAACACCUUGAGACGUGAAGUAGCACCCAGAGGAGAUGCUGGAAUGGCUGCAGCAUCCCAGUGCCACAGGCUGGAGCCCAGUUUGUGCCUCCAGCCCCUCCCGAAGGCCAUGUCAGGAGCCUCAUCAGCUCCAUCCAACCCUGCCAGUGCUCCAUCCAACCUCUUGCUGUGCUCAAAUUGGAGCCCCGGGAGGCCAAUCCUGCCCAGCCCGAGGGUCCAACCACCCCCACCUCUAUUUCUCCUUCUCUGUCAGGCCCUUUCAUGCCCGAGGAGCAGCCCCGGGGGUGGCUGUGCCUGCGGAAGCGCCUGUUCUUCAACCUCUCCGUGCUGGAGGAGGGCGAGCGCUUGACCAUGGCCCAGCUGGAGAUCAAAUUCCACCACAAUUCCUACCACCCCUCCCGCCGGGGGCAGGUCUUUGAGCUGAGGCUCUUCCAGACCCCCGAGGUGUCCCCCCCGGGGGUGCCCGAGCCCAGGCGGAGCCCGCUGGUGGAACAGUCCUUUGCUCAGCUGCACAAGUCCCUCCUCUUCAACCUGAGCGCGGCGGCGGCGAGGGAGCGGAGGAUGCGCGGCGGGAGCUUGGGGUUGAUCCUGGAGAUCUCGGCGGGCAUCGUCGGGGCGGGCGGGGCCCCGCGGGGCCUCUGCUCCGGCAUCGACUCCUUCCUGGACACCUCCCUGCUGGUGGUGACCCUGAGCCAGCAGUGCCAGGCCCCCCGGAGGAGGAGGAGGAGGAGGAGGAGGAGUGCCGGGCUCCCCCCGCUCACGCCGAGCAACCUGUGCAGGGCGCGGCGGCUCCACAUCAGCUUCAGCGACGUGGGCUGGGAGAACUGGAUCAUCGCCCCCCAGGGCUACCUGGCCAACUACUGCCGGGGGGAGUGUCCCUUCCCCCUGACGGCCGAGCUCAACAGCACCAACCACGCCGUCCUGCAGACCAUGGUGCACUCGCUGGACCCCCAGGGCACCCCCCAGCCCUGCUGCGUCCCCGUCAGGCUCUCCCCCAUCUCCAUCCUCUACUACGACAACAGCGACAACGUGGUGCUGCGGCACUACGAGGACAUGGUGGUGGACGAGUGUGGCUGCAGGUAGAGGGGGAGCAGGGGGUGGCUGCCGGGGGGGACAAGCCCCGAGUGGUUCCAUCCCCUCCGUGCCGCUGUUCGGGGAGUUUCCCGUGGGUGCGUCGGGGGUCGGAGAGCUCUGGGGUGGCACGAAGGGAUGGUGGCUGGAGUGAGUUGUGGUUUAGGGCUGAAGUUGUGAUUUAGGGCUGAAGGUGUGUUUUUUAGGGCUGGAGUUGUGUUUUUUAGGGCUGGAGUUGUGUUUUUUAGGGCUGGACUUGUGGUUUAGGGCUGGACUUGUGGUUUAGGGCUGGACUUGUGGUUUAGGGCUGGACUUGUGGUUUAGGACUACCUGGGUGUUGGGCUGGGAUUAUGAUCAAGCCUGGUGCUGGUUUUCCAUUCCCUGCUCCACAGGGGAGUGCCAGGACCAGGCUGUGAGUCCCAGAUUCCCCCUGAGCUGUUGGUGCUUUGGGUUCCUUGGCUGGGCACCUUUCUGGGGGCACAAAAGGCUUUUGGGGGUGAAACGGGGCUGGGGGGUCCCCGGGCGUGGCCGUGAGGGGAGGAGGUGACUGGUGCUGCUGCAGGACAGAGGGGUGGUGGGAGGGCACGAGCUCUGGGUGAUCAAAUCCCACCCCUGGGGUGGGACACACGAGGUUUUCUCCCCGGCUGGGGGAGCUCAGCCCUGGUUUUACAGUGACAGGGUGGCUUGGGGGGCCAGAGGUGGUCGGUGGCCAAAUGCAACGGAGGUUUUGCCCCCAAAAAGCCCCCUGGGAGCUGCAGGAUGGACGUUGUGGCCCGAGGGGGGGGCAUGGGCAGGGAGUCGGUGGCAUCUUCUCCCCUCCCAACCCGCUGUGUCAGUAUUAAUUUACCUCAUUUGCAAAUGGAUGAGCCCGGGGUGGCCUCUGUCCCUGCGUGUCCCUCUGUCCCCGUGUGUCCCUCUGUCCCUGUGUCCCCCCCAGGUGGCAGCCGAGCACCAGGCACGGGCAGAGCUCUCAGGCCCUUGUGCGUUUUUUAGGGUUAUUUUGGGUUUAUUUGUUGCUUUCUGGGUUGGCCCCGGGCCCCUGCAGUGGUAUUUCAUGCCCCUAACGAGCAGCCCCGGGCAGCAGGGACCCAAAUCUGCCCCGUCCCCCCCUCGUUGACCACUUCUCUUCCACUUCCCAGCGCGUGGGCUCCAAGUUUUCCAGCAGCUCAAGGUUUAAAUCCUGGGCCUGGCUCCUGAGUAUCUGUUCAAAGCCACCCCCGGCCCUUCAGGUGGGGCUUUCCUGACACCACUUUUGGGUUUCUUUUUUUUUUUUUUUUUAUUUUAGGGUAAGGGGUGGGAACAGAACAGGAGUCCGAGUUAGACUUGAAUUUUUUCGCUCUUUUUUUUUGUUUUUUUUUUUUUGGAACUGUGAACCUGCCCCCGUGGCCUCUGUUUAUUUUCUCUGCUGUUUUCGUCUUCGAGGUCUGAUGAAGUUUUACCACCUCCUUCCCCCCCCCUCCCGUGGCAAGCACUGAGGGUUUAACCACUGUGGGGGUCCCCUGUGAUGGUGUUUUCUUGCUUAACAACACCCCCUAAAAUGUGUAGCUGAAGACCAAGACCGGAGCAGCUCGGGUACUUUUAGGUGUAGCUUUUACUAAUCUUUUCCCCCCCAGGUGUUUUCCUGAGAGCUCCAGGGCAAGCCCAGCCCAGCCCUGCUCCUGCUGAAACCCACCUCAACCACUGAAGAUGUUCUAAGGGCUUAGAGUAGGGUUAACUCUGGGGAGUUAAAUCCCAGAUUUAAGAUCAAGAGUAAAAAAAAAAAAAAAAAAAAAAAUCAAACCUUGAAGUAUUAAUUGUUUUGUUCCUGUGCUGGGGCCAGGAGGGGACUCCUGACCUGCUCCUCCAACACCACAAAGGGCAAAUGUCCCCCCUCCUGCAGCCAGGGAGCCACUGGAGCCACCCUGGAGCAGCUACAAGGAGUUUGUGCCCGGGGUGGUGCCCAGAUCUGGCCUAAACCCCCCCAGGAGCAGCUCUGCUGAGCCCCCAGCCCUGUGCCACAGGGAAAAGCCAUGUCCAUGUUUACUGCAGUGCUGGACUGGGCCCCUCCAGGUCCAGCCUUUCCCAAAUCCUGGGGGCUCCCACCCUGCACCCCCUCCCACCCCCAGGGCUCGGAGCAGGGAACAGGGUUUGGGGCAUUUCCCAGUUUUCCCAGUUGAGUUGCUCACCCCUCCCUCCCCCAUGCUAUGCACCCCCCCCCACCACCACUUUUGUACUAGUCUGUGUUUAAAAAAAGUAAUAAACUUGAAGUUUAUACAAUCAGACUAAGCUUUAAUGAACGUUGCAUGGUUUCCUCAUUGAAACUUAAGGGGCCACCUUGAAUGCAAGAGCUGUUUAUUUUCAUAUUUUAUUGAUGACAAACAGGUUUUAAAACAAACUGAGACCAGAAAAAAAAAAAAAAAAAAGAAGAAAAAAAUCAAAAGAGAGGUUUGUUUUUUUUUUUUAAACACCGUGCUAGCACUGAUGUCUGGAUUUGUAAAACUCAAGAGUUAACUGCUACAAAGGAAAAAACCAGCACAAAGCAGAGGCCAAGCAUUCCCAGCAGUGAAAUAAAGGGGUGAGGGGAGAGGAGGGGGCUACAUUACUCAUGGAUAGCGUUGCACAGAGGGGUCCAGCUCAAACCUAUCAGAAAAGUCUACGCCAACUACGCAGCCUACGGAAGGAAAACAAAAAAAAAAUUAAAAAGCCCUUCGGCAAAUGUUAAUAAAUAAAACAGUCCAUCCCACGAGGAAGGAAGGUGGCCUGUGUCUCCAUUCUUUCACUGGUUUUUUUUUAGAAGUCUAAACUCUGGAGGCUUUUGAUGAGAAAAGAAUGGGGUUGUGGGUUUGGUUUUUCGCAGUUCUCGGACUCCGGUCGGGACCGAAGGCAAAGGGUGAAAACUCGUGUCCUGGGGUACUGGGGGGGGGCUGCACUGGGUGAGGGGAGACACCCUGGGGAAACUACAGCAAGAACAGGUUGUGAAAGCAGGGGCAACAACCCACGGAAAGGACAGGAAUGGAAGGGCUGUCCCCCCCCCCCCCAGGUACAAAAAGUGGGGUUUUCACGGCGUCGAAGUACAUUCAUAUGAGAGGUAUUUUUGAGUUCUCCCCCCCCAAAAAAAAAAGACUAGAAACACUUGGAGCCCUUUUGAGUAUAAAGCUAACUUAUCUCCAACUUGAAAAACACCCAGGUUAGCACAUCAUUCUCUACUGUUCUUGGCCAAUUGGGAGGUAGAGGUCAGUCUGAUUUCGGGAUCUGGUAAAAAGGGGGCUCUGCAGGAAUUGUCACUUCUCUGCUGCUUCUAGAAAGGUUUAGACAGAAAUAAAAACGCUCCCAGUGUUCCCAUACGACUGGUUAAGACAUGGGUACAACUUAGAAAUUGGAUGGCUUCUCUUUAAUGUGCUGUUCUCAGUCCUGACUCACCAGCCAGCAUGGAUGGCACGGCCGUGGCCACUACCUGAAAAAAAAGCUGCUCCGGGUUCGCUUUGCCAACAACACCCGGCUCUGGCACCUCCCUGCUUCCCUCACCCAAGAAGAAGCCACGCCAAAGCCUGACCCAUUAUCUCUAAUUAAACCCAGCUCCUCAGAGGCCACCUUCCACCAAAAACUGCCUGCUUUGUCCAUGAGUCCCACCUGGAGCCGUGGAGUCUUUCCUUCCACACCAGUAUAAUCCCCGGAUUCCGCUCCGUCUCCCCCCCAGAUCUGCGGCAGUCAAAGCAGGGGCUGUUUUGUUGUUUUGCAUCUUCCCUCCAGGGGCCGAAGGGCACAGGAACCCCAAUCCCCCUUUAUCAAGCACGAAGUUCAUCUGACAGAAAGGCUUGUUUUUCACAGAGUAGAGUCCAGACAGUAGCCAAUUAAAGCAGACAGAAAACACUUUGAAACCCUCCUCCUGCCCGAGCGCGCAGGCUCCUCUCACUCUAACUGCUAUCCAAUGUAGGAAGAAGAGGCUGAUUGCUGCAACUUUAAAUCACACUGAAAAAAGUUCUCAAGGUUUGGUGCUCUAAUUUAAGAUUUGUUUGAAACAUAUUUUUUUUUGUUUUGUUUCGUUUUUGUUGGUUUUUUUGGUUUUUUUUGGUUUUUUUUUUAAUAUAAGCUUCUCAGAACAAGGAUCUCCCAGGUCCACCACUAAGAAUUCGGAGACAAACUCCUUUUUUUUUUUUUUAAAAGAAAAAAACAAAACAAAACGAAACAAACAAACAAACAAAAAAA